AUGCCUAUGGAGGUGAAAUGUACCUCGGAACAUGAGGUCGGCGGCGGCAGCUUCCUCGUCAACACUAGUUUGGCCAUUAACAUUGAUUCAUUCGAACAACUAACAACUUGGAUCGGACGUUCACGAUUGAAGAGAUGUGGAUCAAUACCGGCUUUGACAAUUUUCGUCGCUUACCCGCCGACAUCAAACUAUGACGAAGAAGAAGUCGAAGCGUUCUAUAUGGAUUUGGGAAAGUUCUAUACUUAA